UGGUAUUUUAUCGAUAUGUUUACAUAUUACUGUUCUUAAUUUAACCUAUUUGACCUUAUGUUUGUUAUGAAGUAAUGUAUUGAAUAUUGAUUAAAUUCUCAUUAAAUUAUCUAUCAAAAGAGUGUAUAUUAUGUUAACUUUAGAACUCGUAUUGUAACAAUAUAUCGAAAAAUGAUAAUCAAUAAGUUUGAUUAUUUGUACAGGAAAUUACUAUUAACUAAAUAUUUCGUAAAUGGUUGGGGUGAUCCUGAAAAAUUAAAAAGCAUUUUUGAGUUCAGGAAAUAUAUAGUUAAUCGUGAUUCGUGCAACAAACUUGUGCCUACAGAUUAUCCAGUUAAAAUUGUCAAAAAAAAAGAAGACUCAGAUUCUAUCACCUUUGAGGGAGUUUUUGAAUCGCCAUUUUUUUGUUAUCUCCCAACAGUCGUUCCUAGAGAAAGCCAUUUAGCUCAUUUUCAACUUUUACUCCCAAAAAAAUGGCGUUCGAUAAAUGCAAAACCAAUAUGUUUACAUAUGGCUGGUACAGGAGAUCAGUAUUACUGGCGAAGACGAGCAUUUUUGGCGAAUCCAUUAUUAAAAGAAGCAGGCAUAGGAUCAAUAAUUUUAGAAAAUCCAUUUUAUGGAAAGAGAAAACCAAGUAAUCAAGUGAGGUCUACAUUAUGUAAUGUUUCUGACAUUUUCGUAAUGGGUGGAUGUCUUAUAUUGGAAUCUCUUGUAUUAUUUAAUUGGUGUGAACGAGAAGGUUUUGGUCCUCUAGGAGUAACUGGAUUAUCUAUGGGUGGACAUAUGGCAUCCUUAGCUGCAGCAAGUUGGCCUAAACCAGUAGUACUUGUACCUUGUUUGUCAGGGACAACCGCAUCUGGUGUAUUUACAGAGGGCGCAAUGAGUUGUGCAAUUGAUUGGAAUUUACUUGAACAGCAAUAUAAAUCAAAUGCAACCUAUAAGAAUGAAAUUGUGAAUGUUAAUGAUUUGAAAAUUAAAGUUAAUCAUUUGAAUAGAGAAUUUAAUGCUGGAAAACAAUUUAUAAAAAAUCUGAAUUCCAGCUCAUCUUCUGACAUCCAAUCUAAAUUAAUGUUUGAUACUGUGAAAAAUAAAAAAGCCGCAUUAAAAUUAUACUCCUCUCAACAAUUAGAAAAUUUGAAGACAACAAAAUCAUUUAACUCUUUUGAUAAUUUAGAUGAUCCAACAAUUGAAGAACAUAAUAAAAUGCAAAUUAAAUCUGAUGCUAAAAAAAUGAGACAUAUGAUGAGAUUUUUUAAUGAACAAUCUAAAAAUGAAGAUUUAAAUUUAGAAGCACUGAGUUUCAUGAAGGGUAUAAUGGAUGAAUGUACUCAUUUAAGAAAUUUUAACAUACCAGUCGAUAUGGAUUUAGUAAUAGCAGUUUGUGCAAAACGAGAUGGUUAUGUUCCUCAAAAAGGUGUAGCAAGAUUAGAAGAUGUUUGGCCAGGAGCUGAAGUUAGGUAUGUUGACACUGGUCAUGUAGCUGCUUUUUUACUACAUCGAAAUACAUUCAAGAAUGCAAUAAUUGAAGCUUUCCAUCGAGCCCAACAUAAAUAUUUUGAUAAAUAACCACAACAAUAUAAAUUAAGAACAUAAUGAACAAGAAGUUGUUGUGAAUUUCUCUAAGUACUUUUAAUAUGCUUUAUUAUUAAAAUAAUUCACUAUCUGUAUAUGAUUGUAUUUUUACCUGUAAUGUAAAGUGUUAACCAUUUUUUUAGUAUUAUUUGACCUUCAAUAAUUAUGACACUUGGGCAUAGUUAAUUUUUUUAUUACAAAAAUAAUUUAAUUAUUAUUUUGUAUAUUUUACUCGUGCCAUUGAGUUAAGUUAUGACU